UGUCUUGAAUUCUAAGUUCUCUUGAAAAAGUCUCACUCUGUUCUGAAUUCCUCACCCACUCUCUUUAUUACUUGAACAACACUACUCUCUCUUUUUUUUGCAGUCAAGUUUAACCCUCCAUGCAAACACCCUCGCUUCCAUUGCCAAGAACCCCAACUGUUUAGGGCAAUGGCCGUCGAAGUCUUCCCCGACAGCCCCCGCGUGGGGGUAGUCAGCCCCCGGAUCUCUUUCGAUCUUUCCCACUACGACAUCGUCCCCGUCGAACAAUACAUUCGAUCCACUUCCUCCUCCACCAUCGACUUCGACUUCUGCGUCUUCCGCGAGAGCUUCGACCAAGAUUCCUCCUCCGCCGACGAGCUUUUCUUCGACGGCAAGAUCCUCCCUAUUGAGAUCAAGAAAAGACUCGCCCCGCCCAGAACCGCCGAGGCGGCGCCGCCACUCCCGCCUCAGGGAACUCAAAGACCAGUUGAAAUAAAAGCCACAAACACAGAAACUGAAGAAAAGCAGAUUAAUCAGAAGUCGUCGUCGUCGUUCUGGCGGUUUAAGCGCAGUAGCAGCUUAAACUGCGGCAGCGGCUAUGCGAGGACGUUGUGCCCAUUGCCGCUCUUAUCACGAAGCAAUUCAACUGGCUCCACAGCAAGCAGUAAGCGCUCCUCUCUCGCAAAUAAUCAGAAGCAGAAUCUUCUGAAGUACUCCUCCCCAAACAGCUCCCUGAAGCAGCCUCCGUCGAGCGGUCACCAGAAGCCGCCUUUGAAGAAGACCAGCCACGGUUCUUACUGCAAUGGGGUUAAAUUCAAUCCAGUUCUAAACGUCCCUCCGGCGACCCUGUUUGGCUUGGGUACCAUAUUUUCCGGCGGCAAGAAUGGCAGCAAGAAGAAGUGAUUACUGGCUCAGUUCAAUCAUAUCUUUCCAGUCUCAUUUGUCUUUUUAACAAACAUAUUUUAAAUUCGACCAAAUUGAGGUAGUAAUUAAAGGGAGUGUGAGGACAAAAGCAAGAAAAUGAGCAAUGGGGUCAGUUGGGAAUUCUUGAUUCCAUAAUCCAAUCGACACCCACAUGCUUAAAGAAGGGUUGGGGAAAUACAGGUAGAAUUUGCUUGCAGGGUUGUCUGUUCAGCUUUAGCCUUUUGAUCUUUAAAUCUUAGUUUCUGCUAUUCUUUUUGUGUUGAGUGCUUACAUGUUCUUGUCAUCUUGUUUGUAUAUUCCUCUCCUUCUGGAUCUGUCAAAAUGCAUUGAAUUUUUAA